CGGGGAUUGGCGGACGUGACGAGGAAGUACGCCACUCAUCCGUUUGUACUGUCUGGUGACAGUUGGGACAAACUGAUCCACGACUAUCCUGUCUGUAUGGCUACUCAAACAUCCGUUGACCGGAUGUACUGGGUCGCAAACGUUUCGGAAAGCUGGCAUGGACCUUUAUCCGUCAGCAUUUUCGUCCCGGACGUGGAGCUACACCUAGCAAAAACCGUGAUAAAAUUCCUGCGUCGUUGUUCGCCUGCCGUCGCAGAUCGUGUUAGCUUUCAUUUUGUGUCGGAUGUGGCUCAUCCACCGGUGGACUUUUCGGCGGAAGCGGAUGACGUCGACUUGGACUGCAACUCCAUCCACGAGUCGAUAACGAAGUUUGUUGAUGCUGGAAGGUCAGAAGAAAUGAUGAAGUGGAGAGACUCGAUGAUCUACCCCCAGCAAUUACUACGAAACGUUGCCCGACAAGGUUGCUUAGCAGAAUACGUCACGCUCGUAGACGUUGAUAUGAUCCCGAGACCGGGUUUGGCGGAAGAUUUGCGUUCCUUUUUGAGGAAGAAGGAGACACAGAGCUGCGAAAAAUGCGCUUAUGUUUUGCCGGUGUAUGAAAUCGCCGAAACCGCUGGGAAGCUUCCGGAAAACAAGGCUGACCUCGUGAAGAUGAUCACUGCAAAACGUGCUCGUCCAUUCCACCAGGCUUAUGAGAUGCUGGUCCUGGGUUUCCAGUUCAAGGUGCUCGACAACGCCUUUUUGAGUCACUGGGGAUUCCAGGUGCUCAAAACGCGUCCCAAGUGGCGAGCUAAGCAGCAAGAAGCCAACAACCGCCGCCUGGAUCAAUAUUCCCAAGAAUUCGUCGCCAAGUACCAUAGAGACCCAUUGAACCUCCAGGGGUAUUCUAAGAAAGCUGCCAAAUUUGUCAUCGCUUAUGUGGCGGAUAGCGUCAUUGCCAGUGAUCUCGGCGCUGAAGACAUCGACGACGACGACGGAGCUGAUGACAUUUUCUUGUUCGACGCGAAACGAGGAUUGGCGGACGUGACGAGGAAAUACGCCACUCAUCCGUUUGUACUGUCUGGUGACAGUUGGGACAAACUGAUCCACGACUAUCCUAUCGUGUUAGCUUUCAUUUUGUGUCGGAUGUUGCCCCAUCCACCGGUGGACUUUUCGGCGGAAGAGGAUGACGUCGACUUGGACUGCAACUCCGUCCACGAGUCGAUAACGAAGUUUGUUGAUGCUGGAAAGUACGUUACGCUCGUAGACGUUGUUAUGAUCCCGAUACCGGGUUUGGCGGAAGAUUUGCGUUCCUUUUUGAGGAAAAAGGAGACACAGAGCUGCGAAAAAUGCGCUUAUGUUCUGCCGGUGUAUGAAAUCGCCGAAACCACUGGGAAGCUUCCGGAAAACGAGGCUGACCUCGUGAAGAUGAUCGCUGCAAAAAGUGGUCGUCCAUUUCACGAGGUUAUUAUUCGUUGA